CGACCGUGAAGGUUGAGAAUGUUACGUCAUUUUACCUUUAGUGAGUGAUACGAACUUAUUUAUUUUGAUUCUGCACUGGAGGGUGUUCUUCCUAAAAGAAGUUUCUGUAGUCGUGGAUGGUCUACGCCAGUGUAAAAUGUUCUACAAAUCAAACAGAGAUGACCGGCUGCUACGAGAUGCCGCCAUGUUAUUUAGUGUCGCUGUCAACCAGUGAUCGCGGUUAGCCUGCAUAAACUAGGAGGAUUUGUCUCUUUUUGCGGGACUGUGCGUUUUGUUCUUGGAUUUCCGCAUCUGAUUCCACAUCGCCACGGAUCAUCAGAAUCGGGCGCUGGUAGGCGCCGCUCAUAUCAAUGAACUAUUUAUGCCAGAAUUGGCCUUUGAAGAUGCAAGACUUGAAUCCUGUGACCUCCAACUGGGAGACACAUGGAGGGGGAUGCAAGACAAGAUGAGCGUGACAGCGUCGGCUAAGAAGAUAAGAAAAAAGCCAGACAAUAAGCCACAAUCGCAAAUAAAUAAGUGUAAUAACGAGAAGAAACGUCGGGAACUCGAGAACGAUACCAUAAACCAGCUCGAAGAGCUCCUUGUUACUUGUCUUGCUGAAGUAAAGCAGCCAGACAAGAACGGUAUAGUUCGGGAGGCUACUCUACAGAUUCAGGAAGUUCUGAGGCGGCGACAAGAUUGCCCCGACGAGUGCCCCCAGCGCAUCGCGCGGUGCCUGUCGCCUGUGCAGGCUGGUGAGGUCAGCUCCACGCAACCCCAGCCACCUCCAGUUGGCCUGCACUAUUCUGAGCUCGCCACUCUAAUAGAGGCACUUAAACACUAUACUGGUAACUUUGGAUGGAUUUUAUUGGAAAUAAAUUCAAGAGGCGAAAUUGAAUGUGUCACGGAGAACAUAAAGGAACUGGUUCGAAAAGAAAGAACUGAGUUGUACAAAACAUCGAUUUUCGACCUUCUGCAUAUUGAAGAUCAUACGAAAUUGAGGCCCUUGUUGCGGGAUAUUCAAACGUACGGUUGGGGUGCGGGAGACACAGAUAAAUAUCAAGUCAUUCAAGUCCGACUCCUGGAGAAUCCGGAUGGGACCGACGAUUCUGGGUACGUGGAAGCAGUGAUCCACGCUGCGCCGGUGCGCGGUUCGUCGGCGGAGGAGGCCGGCUCCGUCAUGUGCGUCAUCCGGCGCUGCGAGGACGUGUCGGCCGCUCUCCUUCCCGUCGACAGUGGCCCGCCAGCCAUCGCCCCCAAGCAGGCUGACCACUUUGUGUUUCGCCUAGACUGCAACUUCACUGUCCUCACUUGUGAUUUGAAUAGUGUGGAAAGUUAUAAAAACUGUCUUUUAUCUCUUGUGGGUACUCGUUAUUUGGACCUAGUCGAACCUGGUGAUCGUACACACGUAGAAGCGCAUCUUCGCGAGACAACGUGCCACCCUGCGCCGCCUGCGGUCAGUGAUCCUUUUAGAUUGCGCAUCGCGCCGGACAAACCUUGGAUACGAGUGAAUACGCGCUCUCGGCUUUUUCGUGCUAAGCCCACCUCUGGUGAGCCGGAUUUUAUAAUGUCGACGCAUUCCGUGCUGGGUGACGACGAAGGUGAUAUGCUUGAAGCGAGUGCCCCGCGCCCGCCCGUCGGCGGCCCGCUGAUGACGUCUGUCGCCAACGGAGAGUCCUCGUGUGAGCAGCGUUACAUGAGUUCGACUGAAGGGCCGUUCUCCAUCAAUGAUUUUGACUUGGAUCAAUGGUCACCACCGUUCCAACUGGGCGAAAUGUCCAGCGAAGAUUCGAAGGACCGUAAAGAAUCGAUUGAACUUCCGGUGCCGCGAGCGCCAUCGACGCCUGUCGAGGCGCCACCGCCGCCCACCCCGCCCGUCGAGGAGCCUAACCGGCUCCGUAUUCUGCUCAGCAAGAAAUCGGACAACAACAUUCUGAAGGAUCUCCUCAAGCAGGAGGAUGAGGAGGCGACGUCGAGUGAGACGUCUGCGCCGCAUACGCCUCAUACGCCCCACACGCCGCACACGCCGCAUACGCCGCACACGCCGGCUGCUGCGCUGUCUCCGCUGCAAUCCGCGCAGGGCCACGCGCGCCCGCCGCCGCAUCCGCCGCACCCACCGCACCCACCUCAUCCUCCGCACACGCAGCAUGUGUCGCACAUGCAGCAACCUCACCAUAAUAAUAUAUUGAGGACACUCAUUGGUAAAUCCGAUGAGGAAAAUGAAGAAAAUAGAAGAACUGUGGAGGGGUGCAGUACAUCACAACCUAGCGUCUUGUCUCAGUUGCUGUUAAACACUAACGGACCAUCGAAUCCAAACCGCGGUCAGGAUCAUACCGAUAACUACCUCGAACGCAUGACCAAUGCGGGCAUAAAACGCAAAUUCGAAGACCCAAAGGGGGCGCCCGGCAGUGUUAAAAGGGCUACGCCUGAAAAUCAGCAGGUGACAUCGACCGCCGUGUCCUCCAUGGCUGGACAGAUGGUGGCGUCGUCAGCACUGACAUCGACCGCUAGCAGCCCAUCGAUGAGUAACGCAGGCAUGAGCUCUUUGUGCCAGAAGAACCAAAUAUUGGUGUCGCUAUUGAAGCGACAGCAGGCAUUGCCUGUGCCCCCGCCCCCGCCCCAACCCCAAGCAAACCCUGUGAUGCGCGCGUUCGCGCCGGGGGCGCCACGUCCCGCCUUGUCACACGCGCCCCAUACACCCCACCCACAGCAUCCGCAACAUCAACAACAUCCGCAGCACCCGCAGCAUCCACAGCACUCCGCGCAACGGCACCACCAGGCUGCAAUUUCUAGUAUUCUCACUGCGCAUAGUAGAGCCAGCAACGUGAACGGCGGGCCCGGUGUGGUAUCGACAGUGGCCGGUGGCGCGGGCGGUGCGGAAUGCGCCACGGCAAGCAUGCACGGCACGCAGAGCCACUUGCAGAUGGUGCUGCAGGGCGGUGCGCGGGGCGCCUACCCGCCGCCCUCAUCGGCGACCGCCCCCGCGCCUGCGCCCCUGCACUACGCCAACACCGCGCCGCACCACGUCUACAACAAUCAGCCGCCUAGCAGUAGUACGCGUACACAAGCGGUCGGUGGUGGUGGCGAGAGCGACAACGACGCGCCGCGCGAUCAAGUGUUGUCAGAUAUUUUAGAUGAGGUGAUCGAGAACAUGCCCGACGCGGACCGGCCCGCGCCUGACGUCAAUGUACUUGACGUGGAGACGAACCGUCCGCGGCCGGAUUUUGCGGGAAUUAAAGAUGAAGACGCCAUGAUAAGUGCGAUAAGACAUAGUCUAAUGCAGAUUGAAACAGUUACUGUAAAAAAUCCCGUGUCUUCGAGUCCCGGCGCUCCUCCGGGGUAUCCUGUUCAGAGUUCAGGGAUGCAAUUGGGCGGCAGCAGUGCACCGGUGUACGGGCUAGCGGGUGGUGGUGAUGCGGCGCGCGCAAGAUCGUUAGCUGAGCAACAGCGGCAACGCCUGUUACAGAUGCAGCGUUCGCAGUCAAUGCUCGUCUCGCCAGAGGCUGCGGACCAAUCACAACAAGAUUUAGAUUCAACGAUAAAUGCCCUUGUCUCGGCGACACCUCCUAACGUAGCGCUUACGCGCACCGAUUAUCACCAUUUAUAUCACCAAAACCAAAUGGGUACAAAUUACGGUACAAACAAAAUCGUGUCGCCGCAGCAAAAUCCAAUGCUUAGUCGCCAACUAAGUGGACCGGGCGCGGGUGGGUACCCACAUGGUAGCACUACGACGCACUCUGCCGCCGCACUGCAUACGCCAUUGACACCGCAGCCCUACCACCGACCGCCGAGACCACAGCUAGUGGGCGGCUACUACGAGGACGGAGGGAGCGCGGGCGCGGGCUACUGCAGCGAGUACGGGCGUCGGCCGCAGGCGCCGCACGCGCAUCCGCACCCGCACACACACGCGCACGCGCACCCGCACGCGCCGCAGCCCCCGGCGCCGCACCCCGCGCAGCACGACCAACCCAUGCCGUGUGCAGGUAACGACGGUGGCUUGGGUGGUGUAGUGGGCGGCGGCCGGUCGGAGAACGUGCGCAAUGAGUUGCGCGCGCACCUGGGCGCUCGCCUUAGGCCCGACAUGCACGCGCAGAUGCAGCCCGACCUCGAACCACUCAUCUCCUUCGACAUGCCCGCACCAGGUGGCGGCAGUGUGGUGGGGGGCCGAGCGUCCUCGGCGGCCGCUAACUCGUGGGAGUCGCAUCAGAGCACCCCGAAUACUACGGAGGCGGUCUCGGCGGAGGCGGCGUCAGCGGUGGACGGUGAUGAGACGCGGGGGGCGCGGGGGCCGGGCGCACCUCGCACGGUCGCGGCUGGCCAGGCGCCCAGUCCGGCUGGCGAGACCCCUACCACACCGGCGGCGGCCGCUAAGGCCUCGCUCCUGCAAAAACUCCUCUCGCAGUGAUUCAGCAAUUCGUUCUCGCUACUCAAUCUUGCAUUUAUUAUGUUCGACCGGACGAUCCCCUACGAUACCUAGAUUCCAUCGUAACGAACCUCAUCGUUCCGAAUUACGGUCUAACUUUACGUGGUACCUCUGCGGCUGUAAAAUUUCACGUCAGUGAGUAUAAUUUUUAGUACACGUAUUUAUAGAUCGUCUUAAUGAUACGUCGAUAUGUAGUCUGUAGUGUGGCCAUAUUACACGACCCGUGUCCGUGCCGAAGUAUAUCGCAAAACGCGUCGACAGAGCGCACGUAUCUGCCUCGGAAGUUCGCUGGCCAUGCUAUAGUAGUGCUAGUGAUAUUCUCGAGUUGUAUAAAUCGUUUCGUUGAUGAUAAUUAGAUACGGUUUUAUGUUAUUUGAGAACGAUUUCUAAGAAUGAUCUUUUUCUGUUUUAUAGUCUAUAAGCGAAAUAAUUUGGUCCGAAACGAAAUACGACGGUAGCUUCCUUCAAGGAAACAAUAACGUGAUGUACAAUAUAAUUGACUCAUGCGCCUAGUAUACCUAACACAAUGUACAAUAGAAUUAUACCGCGUGCAAUAUUGUAUAGAAAUAAUCACAUAUUUUGGCGUUGUGAACGUUAUGUAUUAUAGUAUGCAAGUCAGAUGUUACCUGUUAUGACAAAGUAAAUUGUAUUAUAGAAUAUGGUGAGGUCAGACGUUGAAUGAACCAGUUUCUCAUUAGGGAACAUUAUGUUUACGUGUGUACAUAUGUGUUGUUAAAUUAUACCUGUUGCUUUAUUGUAAAUAUUUUGUUGCAAAAUUUCCUUUGUGUUUCGUAUAAAAUAUAGUUUGGUAAUUUUUAAAUGCAUUAUGAUAUUGCUUAAACCAUUGCAAAACUUAGCUUAUGUUUUUACGAUGUUAUCCUUAUUUUUUUAUUUGCUAACGAGCUGUAUUUUUAUUCUUUGAUUCUUUGAUGAACGUCAGAAUUUAAAGGAAAGUUAAUCAAACCAAAUAUUUGUGAAAACAAUAAAUAUUAUACCUAUACAA